AUGAGCACAACACAAGUUCAAUUGUGGUAUAACCGGUUUAAGGAAGGCCGAGGAGGUGUCAAUGACGAUGUUCGUCCUGGUAGCCCGAGAACGUCAACAACCGAUGAAAACAUUGAAGCAGUGAAGAUAAUGAUUUUGAAUAAUGGCAUGAAACGUGCGGCAGCGAAGAUUGUUCUUAAAUUGCUAAAUUUUGAGCAAAAACAACAUCGCAUUGACAUCGCUCAGAAGCUGUUGAACAACGUCAAUGAUGAUCCAGAUUUCCUCAAAAAAGUCAUAACUGGUGACAAAUCAUGGGUGUAUGGCUAUGACAUUGAAACCAAAGCCCCAUCAUCUCAAUGGAAGCACCCAGAAGAGCUAAGACCGAGAAAAAAACGUUAA